AUGGAUAGUUCUCUGGCGAAACUUGAUGACCUGCCCUUAGAAAUAUGGCCAGAAGUUUGUGCUACUUUGUCAGUUACAGAUAUAUUGCAAAUAAGGGCCACCAAUAAAACUCUGUUAAGAACGAUAUCAGACCCAGUAAUGUGGAAAAUUAUUUGUAGGGAUUCCUGGACAAAUGUAUUAACACAAGAAGAUUUGAUAUAUGAUGUCCCACGUAAUAUACGUAGAAAUUAUGAUGAUGUUAAGGAUUGGUGUAAAUAUGGUAUACGUUGUCAUCAUGCACAGAACCACAUAAUACACCGUAUUGAAAAGUUAACCAAAUGUACUUCACCUACUGAAUAUUGGAACAAAUUCGAUAUUAUAUUGAAAAAUAAUUAUGAUGAUUUACUACCUACCUUAUUAACAAUUACUCUCCAAGAUUAUCAUGCUAAUGUACCAGGUGUGUUCUCCUUAGAUGUAAGAACAUGUGCACAGCAGUUACUUGACAAUAUAACACACAAGAAGUUCUUUGAUAACUUAUGGUAUAUAAAUGACCUCAGGAUGUCAAAUGGUGAUAUGGUAGAACCAUUAUUUAUGGAUUUUUCGAAAUUAGACCCUAGUUUUUAUGCAUUAGCUCAUCAUGUAUUGAGAGUAAGACAAGCAGUCUAUGUAGCAUUAAAAGCUAAAUUUAACAACAGUUUGGAAAAACUUCAAUUAAUUAGACCCGCUCUAAGGGUUGAAAUAGUUUGCAAAGAACUUUAUAAAGAAUUAAAAAUAGGUUCCUUAGCUGUAUUGCCAACUGAAAGAAAAUAUUAUAAUGAAGAUUAUUUCCUUUCUAGAAUAUAUUCGGGUGAAGCUAUCGGUCAUCCAUUAUUAAUACUCGCCAUUAUUCAAUCAAUUUGUCAGGAAUACGAAGUCGAGACCUCUUUAACUGAACAUUAUUUAUUAAUUGUUGAUGAUGAUUUACCGUCUGGUAGAACUUUAAUGGGAGUUAAUCCAAUAACUUUACAGAGACAAUACUAUACUCAUAAUAGUUUUCUUAAAAUGUUAUGUAGACAAACCGAAUUAGAUGAACAAACCGUUAUUGAUGAUAUUAUUCCUGAUUUAUUGAAGCCUUUCACUGUAGAAACAUCAAGAAAUAAUCUCUUUGGUGAUCUUUCUGUAGAAUGUUGGGGAAGUUUGGCAGACCCUAGCAACCAACCAGAACUCUCUGCAAAUAGUAUAUACAACUUUUUACCAAAGCCUACUAGACGUGAGCAAAUUUUUAAACUUUUUCCUAAUAGUAAACAACAAAUUCCCGAUAGGUUAAUAAAAUAUAUUGAAAAUAUUGAUCAACAUGCUGUAUUACUUGGUAUCCAUGUUGAUUCUCCGUCACUUAACAUGAACUUUAAAUCUUUAAGGAGUGAUAAAGAAUACAAAAGGAUAGUGAAAGAAGUCAAGAAUAAUUAUCCUGGUGAUUCUGUUCAUGUAUAUUCUGCUGGCCUUAUCCACGAUAGUUAUACUUAUCUUAAUUGGUUAAAGGACAGCCGUAACAUAAGUUUUGAUCCAGAUGAAUUGAAACAAAAGAAUAAUUUUGGGACGUUUACAAUGUAUAGAAGUACCGAAUUGGUUUGUAUUCUAACACCUCUAUAUAAGCUGAAAGACUUACACUACGUUACAAUCAUGGAUUGUGUGGGGGAGGUCAAGAUAGUUGUUUCCAAUCUUUUAGGGGAUAUUGUGAGAGAUAUUAUACCAAUCACAGAAUAUCUAGCCACAAUUAUGCCCCAUAAUGAACUUGGUUAUUUGUUCAGAGAUAUGGAUUGGAUGAAUAGACGUCUUUUCGUUAAUGAUAGAAUAAAAUCCCUUUAUAGGCCUAGAAGCAGUAGUCCUGGUGGUGCAGUCGAAUACGAUGCAAAACAUAUACCUCUAUCACCUUGUUGA